CCUCCCUCCCCUCAUUCUGUCCCCGCUCUCAGUCGCGCCGGAGAAGAGAGAGAGAGCGCGUCUCGCCGCGAUGAGUCACCGGAGGCGAUCUCACGCCGCCGUCGCGCCGCCUCCUCCCGAAGGAGAUGGAGGUGGCUCUUCGCCGGGGAAGGCGGGGCGGAUCCGUCCGUGGCCGGAGCGGAGGGUGCUGGCGCUCGCGAUGGCGUUCCGCGCGGCGAACGCGCUGCUGGUGCGCACCUACUUCAACCCCGACGAGCACUGGCAGUGCCUCGAGGUCGCCCACCGCAUCGCCUUCGGGUAUGGACACCUGACCUGGGAGUGGAAGCGGGGGCUUCGGGGCUACCUCCAUCCGCUGAUCUUUGCUGCUCUUUACAAGUUCCUGGCGUUUCUCCAUCUGGACACGCCAUGGUUCAUGGCGAUGGCUCCACGUCUUCUACAAUCAGUCUUCGCAUCAUUUGGAGAUCUUUACUUGUAUAAACUUUCCAAACUUAUUUUCAACGAGCAUGUUGCUCAGUGGACAUUAUUCUCACAGUUGGUUAAUUGGUUCAUGUUUUUCUGUAUUACACGGACUCUAUCAAACAGCUUGGAGACAGUUUUGACUGUGGCUGGACUCUAUUAUUGGUUUGUUGCAAUCGAGUCUUCCAAGGGAAUUUCAGUUAUUUCGAAGCAGCAAGCUACUAGCUACCAAAGUCCUCAGUCAAGAAAAAUGGCACUACUCAUAGCAGCCUUAGCUUGCGCAAUUCGGCCAACUAGUGCCAUCACAUGGUUGUAUGUUGGUCUUUUGGAUUUUAUUCAGAUAAAAUUCAAGUGCCAAUUUCUGUUUCUUGAGGUCAUUCCACUAGGGGCUAUCGUCCUUGCAGUAACAACGUUCCUUGAUUGGUGGAUGCAUGGUUCUUGGGUCAUAGUGCCGCUUAACUUUUUGAAAUUCAACCUAUUUUCUUCAGGAGGAGACUACUAUGGAACACACGUAUUCCACUGGUACUUCACCCAAGGUUUUCCAUCUAUGAUUUGGACAUUCUUACCGUUUUCAGUCUUUGGAAUCAUAAAGUCUCGAGAAUGGAAGCUUUCAGGUCUAAUUGCCUGGGUUUUGGGGGUUUAUAGCAUACUUGGACACAAAGAGUUCAGGUUUGUUCUUCCAGUGCUACCUUUAGCGUUGAUGUUCUCGGGUUACUGCUUAGCUGCAAUGUCACAAUUCAAGGGUAAAACUCCUCAUCGGAAAAGACACUUUUCAAGGUUGCAACUUUCUGUUAUUUUUCUCAUCAUAACCAAUGUUCCAAUGGCCUUAUACAUGUCCCUGUUGCAUCAAAGAGGAACUGAAGAUGUUAUGUUUUAUCUGUCAAAAGAAGCCCAUGAUGGAAGAGUGAAGGGUGUCCUAUUUCUCAUGCCUUGCCAUUCAACACCUUAUUACUCCACCUUACAUAGCAGCCUACCUAUGCGCUUUUUGGACUGUACUCCGAGUGAUAACAAAGGGAUCCUGGAUGAGUCAGAUCGUUUCCUCAUGAAUCCACUUGAUUUUGUUGGCGAGGUCUUUGGAAAUUUAUCUUCCUUCAGUCACAUUGUAUUAUUUGAAUCUGAAGAAAGACAUGUCCUUGAGUUACUAUCGCGCAAUUCAUUUCAAGAGGUCAGGAGAUUUUUCCACUCCCACUUCAAGAUCGAUAGAGCCCUUCAGUCAUCUGUUGCUGUGUAUUCAACGAUGGAUGUACUAUGAUUGCUUUGGCCAUAAAAAAAGAGAGCUUCUCACCCCAUCUAACAACCUUUGAUCGUGUUUCGUGCUUUCAGUUUGUUAUUUCAAAAAUGAUAUGUAACAAUAUUGGAUACUAUAAAUUAGGAAUUUGUUAUGAUUUUUGACCCCUUGACAUAAUGACAUGUUAAGUGCUUAUCCUUUUUAUACGGGUCUGGUUUUGUACAACACAAUGUGCAACAUGCAUAAAUAAGUGUGCGCUUUGUUCA